AUGCUUCUUACUCUGCGCAGCAGCGAUAGAGCUAAAGGAUCUGAUGAAGGCGAUGGGACAGAACGGGGCGUACCCUCUGCACCAAAAGAAAACGGACCCCGUCGGUGCAUGACCGAACGACCUCCACGGCGCUCAAAGACGUGCCGAAGUCGGAAUUCGCGGAAGAAGGUUGUAUGCAGCGUGACGGGCCUGACGUUGCACCAAAAGGCGUUGCUAACGCGGAAAUGGAAUCGAAUGGAAUCUGGCACAGUUUACGAAUUGGGCAGGCGGAUGUUUGAGAGCAUUUUCACCGAAAAUCCUCACUAUCUGGCCUACCUUGAUCUCAAAGGAGAACCAAACUGGAGGAACCACAUCAACUUCAAAAUUCAUGUUCAGAGAUUCGUGACAGCCAUGUCGGAGGCGAUGCGACGUCUUCGCGAGCCGUCCACCUCGUACGACGUCCUGCGAGAUUUCGGUGCCUCCUACGCCGCUUACCCAAAACGGGUAUCGGCUGUGUACUUUGAGCGAUUAGCAAAUGCACUCAAUCAAACCGCCACUCAACUCCAGGAAGGCGACCAUCAAUACGUGGAGAAGGCUCCAAGCCGGAAAGAAAGCCUAAACUCCAGCGAAAAGGACAAGUCUUACAAGUCAUUGUUGGACGACGCUGAGAAGCCUGCUGAAGAAGAAGAACAGAUGCCAGUGUCGGCGUCGUUCUCCUCGUUUUCCACGCCGAAGCAUCGAAUCCACUCGAGGGGUAGUCUAUCCUGUGUGGAUUCAAUACGAGAACAUAGCGAGUGCCUAGGUCAACUUUAUUAUCUUAUAUGGGACAGUAAGGCCGAACAUCACGGCCCCAAUGAUGUCUGCCCAAUCACCGCUGAGGCGUGGACGGUACUAUCAGCGUUUCUUGUGAAUCAGAUCAAGUACGGUUAUGAAAUGGAGCGAGUUAUAAGGACGGAAUUGUCGAAAUUGGGUCUGGACGGUUCCGGCGGCAUGAAACGAGGUGCCCUCGCAUUGCAGAGACCAACACAAUUUGCGUAG